AUGGCCUCACAAUGGCCAAAACCGGAAGGUUUCGAUGGCGAUAUCGAUCCUUUCGACCUGGUCGACCGGUUCAAAGAACACUUCUUAUCGAUCUGCCGUUAUACCGCCGAUAACCCUACGGCGACUGCACCCGCCGGCUAUGUUAUGGAAACCAUGUUUCAGGCUAACAAAAUUGUCGCCGUGUUGGCGAAGAAUUUGAGUGAUGUCAGCAAUGCAAGAUUUCCUGAACCACUGCUGGAGCCAGAGCCAGAGCAAGAGCAAGAGCAAGAGCAAGAGCAAGAGCAAGAGCAAGAGCAAGAGCAAGAGCAAGAGCAAGAGCAAGAGCAAGAGCAAGAGCAAGAGCAAGAGCAAGAGCAAGAGCCAGAACGUGAGCCAGAGCAACCUCCCGCAAAUCAAUUAUCCUUGCAGGAUCGGCUCGCGGUGCUUUCGAACAUAUUUGCAGUGAAGCAGGAAGAACCUACAGAAGAGCCUUUAGCUGAGGUUGAAGAAGCUGAUGAAGUGGCUCAGGAACUCUCAACCCUGGAUAUCUUUGGCCCUGAUCUGAAUCCUGAAGAUUCUGAGGAAGACGGAGAUUGGGGAAGCGAAUCCUCAGAGGAUGACUCUGACGAUGACUACUACGAAUAUGGAUCAUUCGGAGAUGACAGCGAUGAGGAGGAGGAGGAGGAGGAGGAGGAGGAAGAAGAAGAGGUGGAGGAGGAAGAAGAGGUGGAGGAACAGCAGCGGGAGCUGAAGCAGGGGCAGGAGGAAGACAGUGAGACACAAGGAGAUGCGGCUGCGCCAGAUGAUGAUGAAGGAAUGGAGGACGAAAGCGAGGAAGAAGUGACCGAGGACGGAGAUUUGCCGGCCGAAGGUAAAGACCACGACCAACCUCUUGACUGA